AAUCAGAGCUUUGUGGGCAGGAUUAAGACAUGGGGACGUCAUGUUCCUGUGGCAGAGCCAGAAAAAUUGGCAGGAAAAUUACGACAAUCGUGGAUGAGAUCGAUGCAGCCGUACAGGUUGUUACUGGAUUUUGCACGCCGGAAGACAAAAGUGUCCAUGAACCUGACCUGCGACCGGCAAUGGACUACACGAACAACGCCUCCAACAGCUACAGCUCUGGAGACACCAUGAGCUCCUCCUUAGCCAACAUGACCAUCAACGAGCAGCACCACCAGGAGAACGGAGUCCAGAUGGGACACAGAAGCCCCGGAGAUGCCAAAAUGAAAGAGAACGAAGCGGCGCUCGGUGAAAACGGGGACAAAUCUGUGUCUGAACUCUCUGAACCAGAGAUCAGCCACUGUGAUGACGAGGUGCAACCCGCUGAAGUGUCUGCAGAGAAAGCUGCGUCUGAGCAUUCAGAAAUAGAGAGCGCCUCAUGUGAAGAUGAGGGGCAACUCGCAGGAGGAGCAGCUUCAACAGCAAAGCCUGAUACUGGAGUCUGCAGUGAGUUUGCGGGCGACGGAUCAAAGCCUGCUGUAGACGGAGCCGAUGGGGCUGGCGUUGGCUUCAUGGGAGUUUCCUGCUCCCCGGACCCCGGAAAUGAGGCGGUUGGGGAGUGUGGGAAGAGGCUAAGUGACUCUUUAUGGGCCUCUGAAGACCUCAGCUGUGGAUCAGAGAUUAGACGGGAUGUGCCAACCAACAGGGGGAGCCCACAGUGGAGCGGAGCUGUGGAUCCUCAGAGGGCCAUCAGCCUCGAUGCCUCUGGGUGCCUGACUGAAAUGAGCAAUCUGUCCGAGGUGUCUUUGGUCCGGAGUACGGCCUUGGAAGACCUGACAUCCAUCGAAGACAGACGCUCGUGGGUUAAUAAGGGAGAGGAGGUCGUCUCUGAGCAAACACCAGAUGAACUGACUGCUGAUGGAGCGGCUUUUAAGUCCUGCAGUGACUCUGCAACCAAAAAUAUCUCCCCAGAAACUCAAGAACAGUCCCCUCGUACCCAAAACAUGCCAGAUUUUAGCUCUGCUUCUCAUUCAGAAGAUCCUCAUCCAGCACAUAGUGGUAGCAAUGUUUCUGAGACGGAUAGCCUUUUAACCAAAAUGCCAUCUGACACGGCCACUGAAAACGGCAGCAGUGACUCAUCGUUACAUAGGGGCAGCUAUUCAAAGCCUGACAUUUCUAAUGACUCAGAGAUGAGGAGCAGUGUGGCUCAGACCACCAGUACCGCUGAGCUCCAGAAAACAACCCGCCAAAGCUCUCCAGCCAGAAAGUCUUUGGUGCCGGUCGCUAUUUUCAAAGCUCCAGCAAAGAUGGAUAACGGCUCUGCAGAUAAGACACAAACUGCCACCAAACCAACCUCUUCCCUUAAAAGACCAUCAGUAGUCACCAAGGGCACCAAAACACACGCUUCCUCCCGAAACGGUCCCAGCUCGAUCCCCAUUAAAGCCAGCAGCACAGGGCCCAGGCAGCCCGGAAGUCUUGCUGGUGCAAAGUCUCAAACCCCAGGAGCCAAAACUUCUGCCAGACCCGGAGCUCAACCAGCUAGUGCCAAGAAACCUCCCACUCCAAAACAUGAAAAAGAUGAAAAGAGUGGACAGAGCAGCCCUGGUACCCCCAAAUCUCCCUCUAGCCAAGCACUUUCUGCCAAGGCGGCGGCUGAGGCCAACAAAGUGAAGAAGAUCGCUGUGGUGCGUUCCACACCCAAAUCCCCAGGCUCCCUUAAGGGCCGCCCGCCGGCUCCUCUAGCUGCUCCGGCGGCCAUGCCGGACCUGAAGAACGUCAGGUCCAAGAUCGGCUCCACAGACAACAUCAAACACCAGCCUGGUGGUGGAAAGGUACAAAUCUUUGAUCAGAAGCUGGACUAUAGUAAUGCGCAGUCUAAGUGUGGCUCCAAAGGCAAUAUGAAACAUGUACCCGGUGGCGGCAAUGUGCAAAUCCUCGAUAAGAAGCUGGACCUGACUAACGUCCAAUCUCGUUGCGGUUCGAAAGACAACUUAAAGCACACGCCUGGUGGAGGCAAGGUUAAAAUACUUGAACAGAAGUUGGACUAUAAAAAUGUCCAGUCUAAGUGUGGCUCCAAAGACAAUAUCAAACAUGUACCCGGUGGCGGCAAUGUACAAAUUCUUGAUAAGAAGUUGGACUUAAGCAAUGUGCAGUCCCGGUGUGGCUCCAAAGAUAAUAUAAAACAUGUCCCCGGUGGUGGCAAUGUCCAAAUUGUGCACAAAAAGGUCGAUCUGAGCAACGUGCAAUCUAAGUGUGGCUCCAAAGUCAACAUUCAUCAUAAACCAGGUGGUGGAAAUAUUGAGAUCAAAAACGAGAAGCUGGAAUUCAAAGUCCAAUCUAAGGUCGGCUCUCUGGACAACAUCGGCCACGUUCCUGGAGGUGGACAGAAAAGGAUUGAGAGCCACAAACUGACCUUCCGCGAGUCAGCCAAGGCCCGCACCGACCACGGCGCUGAGAUCGUCUCCUUGGAAGACUCCCCCCACCAGCUCAGCACCGUGUCCUCCUCCGGCAGCAUCAACAUGGCCGAAUCUCCGCAACUCUCCACACUGGCCGACCAGGUGUCCGCCUCUCUGGCCAAACAAGGCUUGUGAAUGCACUACCACCACCUCCCCACCCUCCUUCCUCCUCCUCCACCACCACCACCUCGAACCACACGACCACGUAGAGGAGUUGUGAUGCCUUCCUCAUUAUGUUCACAGGACUUUUUUAGCUAUCCAUCACUGUUUAUCCUUCACUAACCUUUGAAACUGUUCUUGAGGCAUUACUGGUAGAGGUCUUAAGAAAACAAAAAAACAAAAAAAGGAUUAACGAGUAGGCCAAAAUGUAUUUAAUUUCUCUCUCUGUGGUCUUUGAUCUCUUCAUUUGCCAUUAUUUCUACCUUUUGUAAGUAUCCCUUUAAGAGUUAAAGCAACCCAGCAGAGCAAAAUUUUCCUUGUGAAACCAACUAAUUAUCUUAUCUUUACACAUUUCCUGGUAAAUCUGAUGUCAUAUAAGACUUGGUUUCCUGUCACAUUGACUGUAAACCCUUUUUUUGUCCCCUUUUGGUGGGUGUCCCCCCCCCCCCCCCCCUCCCUCUU